GGAGAAAUGACACUGGAGAGGCAGAGAGGAGUGACCGCAGAGACAGAGGGGUGGGUGGGCUGGCCCAUGGCGGAGGCCUCGCUCCCAGAGCUGAGGGGAGAUGCUGAAGCCACGCCUUGCCCCAGCAUCUUGGAACUGGAGGAACUCCUGAGGGCAGGCAAGGUUUCUUCCAGCCACGUGGACGAAGUUUGGCCCAACCUUUACAUAGGAGAUGCCCAAGGUCCUGGUGCACUGCGUGGUGGGGGUGAGCCGCUCCGCCACUCUGGUCCUGGCCUACCUCAUGCUGCGUCAGCAGCUGUCCCUGCGCCAGGCGGUGAUCACCGUGAGGCAGCACCGAUGGGUCUUCCCCAACCGAGGCUUCCUCCACCAGCUGUGCCAGCUGGACCAGCAGCUUCGAGGUGCAGGCCGGAGCUGAAGGGCCAGAGCUGGUCCUUAGUCCCCGCCACGGGGCUCUGCUGCUUUGCCGCCCUGGCUCUGGCCCUGCUUGUGCUGAGGGAGGCUCUGGCCCAGGUGGAAACUCAGAAGAUGGUAAGAGCCCAGUGUGGGGUCCGCCUUAGAGCCUGCAACUCCAUCCGCUUCCUCCUGUUGCCUGCAGUCCCACUCAGCCACUGUCUCCAGUUCUCACAGAAACAGCAUCAAGUGUGCAGAGACAGGCGGCUGGAAGCCGGGAGCACAAAGUGCCCGUCAGAGAAGACCACGGCCCAGGCCAGAUACCCUUGCAGGAUGGACUCACUGGAGAAGCAGGACCUCCGGAGGCCCAAGAUCCAUAGGGCAGUCCGGGUGUCCCCUUACCAGCCGCCCACACUGGCCUCGCUGCAGCGCCUCCUAUGGGUCCGUCGGGCUGCCAUGCUGAGCCACAUCAAUGAAGUCUGGCCCAACCUCUUCCUGGGGGAUGCGUACGUAGCCCGGGACAAAACCAAGCUGACCCAGCUGGGCAUCACCCACAUCGUGAAUGUCGCUGCAGGCAAGUUUCAGGUGGACACAGGUGCCAAGUUCUACCGCGGUAUGUCCUUGGAGUACUACGGCAUUGAGGCUGAUGACAACCCCUUCUUCGAUCUCAGUGUCUACUUCCUGCCUGUUGCUCGAUACAUCCGAACUGCCCUCAGUGUUCCCCGAGGCCGCGUGCUGGUACACUGUGCCAUGGGGGUGAGCCGCUCUGCCACAGUUGUCCUGGCCUUCCUUAUGAUCUGCGAGAACAUGACACUGGUGGAGGCCAUCCAGACAGUGCAGGCCCACCGCGAUAUCUGCCCCAACUCAGGCUUCCUCCAGCAGCUCCAGGUUCUGGACAACCGACUGGGGCGGGAGACGGGGCGGCUCUGACCUGGUGGGCAGCCAGGCUUCCUGACCCUCCAGCCAGCAUGGCCCACCCAGCCAGCCUGGCUCUGGGGACCACAGGCUUUGCUGUUGCCAGUGAGCUUGCGAUGUAAAUAGCAAGUCGGGGAUUAGCUGAGGCAGAGGCAGGGAGAACUGGGUGUUGACCUUCAGCAGGUAGAUUCCCCGACCCAAUCCAAAGAUUCUUUACGCAAAAGAGAGUUCAGUCUGUCUCUAUAAUAAAAGGUUCAUCAUAUAAAGA